GCUCUUCGAUUUUCAGAUUACAUUCGAUGCGCGACGCGCCGCGGACGACGCUCCUUGGGAUUUUUCAGUUGAGCACUUCGGAGUCAGUUCAGAGUGACAUUAUUCGACUCGACUUUUGCCAGUGUGUUAGUGUCAAGUUGUACGGUAUCGAGGAGCGACCGGUACAGGCCAGAGCUGCGAAGAAGGCGCUAUCUGCUGGGCUCCGAGGAGCCAGGGAUCAGAGACCGGGUGGAAUCGGCAGGCUUUACCGAAAGAUUUUGGCAAACGGACAAAGGCAACUAAACAGCAGCCAUGAAGUCCCUCAUUCAGCUCCAGCAAUACCGAAAGUGCAUUGUUUUCUUCAUGCUGGGAGUCAUGUGCAGCGCCCUGGCUUUCGUCACUUACGUCAUUAACCCGGUCAACACGAUCGUACAACACAAGCUGAAGAUGUCGCCGAGCUCGCUGAUUUUCUCGCUCUGGAGGAAACCGCCGAUCGGAAUUUACAUCAACGUCUACAUAUUCAACAUAACCAACGCCGAGGCAUUUCUCAACGGCGAGGAGAAGAUCCUCAAGGUCGAAGAAAUCGGCCCUUACGUCUACGAAGAAACUCUGGAGAACAGGAACAUCACGUGGAACGAAAACGGCACGAUCUCGUACAUUCCGAAGCGCACGGUACAAUUCAGACUCGACCUCUCGGUGGGCAAACCCGAGGAUGACUACGUUAUGGUCCCAAAUAUUCCGAUGCUCGGGAUCUUUUCGUCUCUGCACAACGCCGGCUUCUUCGUCAACUAUCCGUUCGCCCAGUUGACGAAUUUCCUGGACAGUAAGCCCAUACUGCACAUCUCCGUGCAGGAUUACCUCUGGGGAUACGAUGACUCCUUGGUCAGCCUUGCCGGCACCGUCGUGCCCAGCUACAUCGAUUUCAAGAAGUUCGGUCUUCUCGACAGGAUGUACGACGAGGGCGAGAAUCUCAUCAACAUGAACAUCAAGGAGAACGAGGACAUGGUCGAGGAGAGGGGCAGAUACCUGAGCAUCGAGUCGAUAAACGGGAACGCGGGACUGGCGAACUGGGGCUACGUGAACGUCGAGGGAAACGAAAGCAGAGCCGAGAACACGCGGUGCAACAGCAUCCGGGGCGCGACGGAGGCCACGGUGUUCCCCAGCAAGAUGGACGAGCGCGCGGUCUUCCGGGUAUUCCGGAAGGCCUUCUGUCGGCCCAUACCGAUCGUCUUCGAGAAGAGACUGGACUUGCACGGACUGCCGGGCUUCCAGUACACGAUACCCGACAACUUUGCCGACCCGCCGGAGCUGAACCCCGACAACGAGUGCUUCUGCCGAGAGAAGGAGGAGAAGGAGUGCCUCAAGCGGGGCCUGCUCGACCUCACGCCCUGCUACUACAACAUUCCGGCCGCCGCGUCCAUGCCGCACUUCCUCAACGCCGACCCGACCUUGGCGGACGGCAUCGAGGGCCUCAGCCCUGAGCCAGCGAAGCACAGCACGGUGAUAAUCCUGCAGCCGAAUACCGGCAUUCCGAUGUACGUGCACUCGAGGCUGCAGACGAACCUCGUGAUGAGAGAGACGCAGUACAACAGCAAGAUCGCGCCCUUCAACGGACUCACGGUGCCGCUCUUCUGGACCGAUCUCGAGAUCGCCUCGCUGCCGGACGACCUGAUGCUCCUCCUGCAGCUCGGCAUAAACGUAGCCCCGCUCGUCCAGCUGGUCUCGCUGAUCCUCCUGGCGCUCGGCGGCCUCGCCUCGAUCUGCUGGUCCUUGCUCCGAGCCCUGCUGAUCGUCCAGGAAGAGCAGCAGCGCCAAGAGGCCGCCGACGCGGAGAGGCGCGACAGCACCGACCCGAGGAUACCCCUCGACUACGGCCAGUACACGGCCAUCCGCAUACUGCCGGCCAUCAAGAAGAUCACCUCCAAGACCGACCUCUUCGUGUGAGGAACGCCAGCGAGCAGCGAGGCCUGCCGAGUCUGUAAAUACAUCCUCCUUCUAUACAGGAGCCAUAUAUGUACAUAGGGAGUGGAGCUGUGGAGAAGAGCCGAACGCCUUCUCUCUCUCGGUGAUAAAUAUACGCAAAGCAAGAUGUCCUUAUAUAUACUUUACCUACGCUAGUUAUACGCUGUAUACUGUGUACAUAAAUACAUGAAUACGAGGAUCAGGCGAAUCUCGGAGGUCCUCGUCGUCGUCAAGUUUUACGUAUAGAACACAACUACAUUCAACUGUAGAUUUUAGUUCGGACUAAUUCAAAGCGUUGUUUGCUUAAAUGCUCCUUAUUAUCCUUUAUCUUAUCGAGUCUCCUCGAUUUCCUUAGACAAUUCACCUUGCUUUUCGUCCGACUGCUUCCGAAUCUCGAUAUUGCGCUUCCGGUGACGCUUUGUGAUCGGCCAGAAUACUAUUUAUUUAGAUACGGAAAAUAAUGUCCUCGCGACGAUGAUGUUCUGGGAAAAUAUUCAUUCGCGUACAAACGAACUUUCAGCUUUCGAUCGAUUCUUGCCCUGAUUAUUAACAUUCACUGUACAAUCCCAUUGUUGUUUACUCAAACUCAUGCGCGUGUAGGAAAUACUUUAUCAUAUAAGACUGAUCGUGGACGGAACAUACGAACGCCGGCGCAUUAUCGAAUACGCAUAUCGUUAUAUUAUACGAAAAUGACACACGCGCACACACGCACACGCACGUACACACUUCGGCUCAAGAGAUUCUACUUUUAACGAGAAUUCCUCUUAUGUUAUAAUAGAAUGUAUACUUAAUUGUCAAAAGCUAAUCAUUUUGCAAUUAUAGACUCAUAAUGUACAACGUGAGCUGAAGGUGUUGGAAUUGUACAUUGUGUGCGAUUAGUUUAUAGGUAAAAAAACUAUAUUAUAAGCCGACUUUUAUUUUAUAAUAUUUAUAGUUUGUAUAGGUGUGCAGGGAUUAUAUUGAAUUAGCGCGACGGGUUCCGAUAUUUCUUAAGCCAUACCUGAGUAUACUUCUGAGAACAAAUAAAAAUAGAGGAUUUUGAAUUAA